AUGCCACGCGAAAAGCAAAAAAGAGGUCGCCGUGCGCAAGAGAAGGAGAGGCAGGAGGAAGGCAAGCGAAAGCUAGAAGACGACUAUGAGGGGGAGCCAGCGCUCAAAAGACAGAAACCGUCGGCAGACGUCGAGCCCGAAGAUUUCAUACCAUUCGAUUCCGGUGAACAAGACGUCGAAACUGGGAACCACGAUGACACGCCUUUCUACGGCCUGCUAGAUACUGAGGAGCAGGAAUACUUUUCGAGAGCCGCGGAAGUCCUCGAGUUGAAUCAAUUUCAGACUGCCGAAGAACAGAGCAUCUUUGUUGAAAGUGUGUAUGAAGAAGCCAAGGGAAAGGAAUUGAAGAUCGCAUGCAGCCAGUCAUGCUCACGUCUUCUUGAGAAGAUCAUUGCUUUAUCCAACACAGAUCAAUUACGACGUCUCUUUGGGAAAUUCCUUGGACAUUUCUUACAUCUCGUACAACACCGAUUUGCAAGUCAUUGCUGUGAGACACUCUUCAUCAAGGCAGCACCGGCACUAAGUCUUCAGACACACAAAACAUCUAAUGUGACGAAAAAGCAAGUUCUAGAAAGUGAAGAAGAGGAUGAGUCGCCUCUCUCGUUGGUGGAUAUGUUUCUCCAGGUCAUCUCAGAGCUGGAGGGAAAUUGGGGCUAUCUGUUAACUGAGCGUUUUGCAUCUCACACAAUCCGUGUUCUUCUCCUUGUUCUCGCAGGCGAGUCUGUGGACCUAUCUUCCAAGGGCUCGCUUGUUGCGAGUAAGGCAAAAGAGGGAGUUGAGGUUUCUCGCAUCGAGGAACAGGUCCAGGUCGCCUCCAAAAAGCCCGCUGGUGUUCCCGACGCAUUUGUUGAUGUUCUGAAGAAAGUCAUGAAUGAUAUGACCUCUGGACUGGAUGACACUUACUUGAGAGCGCUAGCAACUCAUCACAUAGGAAACCCGGUUUUACAGCUUUUGGUAUCAUUGGAGCUAUCGCACUUUGGCAAAUCUACAGCGAAGGAUUCGCGCUCCGUUCUACGACGAUUAUUACCAGACGAUACCCUGGAGGAAGGUACACAGAGCGCCAUUUUCUUGACAGGUUUAUUAUACGACCCUGUGGGUUCGAGACUGGUCGAAACCAUUGUGCGCUCUGCGCCUGGGAAACUGUUCAAGAACAUACAUAAAAACAUCAUCCGCGAGAGGAUUUCAUCGCUUUCCCGCAAUGAGAUUGCUUCUUAUGUUCUUGUCCGUUGCUUGGAAAGAAUUGGCCGGGACGAUUUACAAACGGAUUUGGAUUUGAUUGUGCCUGAAAUACCCAACCUCAUAGAAAAGUCACGACUCACUGUGCCAAGAGCCUUGAUCGAGCGGUGCUUGAUUCGCAAUAUCGACACGGCUCCUCUUGCUAAGGCGUUGGAGGCAUCAUUUGAUAAAGACCCGGCUAAGAGGUUGCAUCAUUUACUGGAAGUGAACAGUGCAGACACCCCCGUGGAGGAGACAGCUGGAUCUUCUGAGAUGCCUUUCCAGGGAGCAGGAAAACAGAAGUAUGCAUCGCCAAUACUUUUACACAAGUCACUGCUUGCACAGUCAAUGCUCGAGGCUCCCGGUCCACUGAGUGGCCUCGUUUAUUCAGGACUACUAGCGAUUCCCACCGACGAAAUGAUAGCUAUGGCCUGCAAUUCGAUGGCUUCGCAUGUUUUGCAAAAGGCUCUUACAGCAUCGACUUCCACUAUCCAGUUUCGCCGCCAGUUUGUCCCUCGGUUUUCUGGCCACCUCAAGCAACUUGCUCUCGAUACUAGCGGAUCUCAUGUGGUAGAUGUCCUCUGGGAAGCUUCAAAAGACAUCAUCUUUGUCAAGGAAAGAUUGGCACAAGAAUUGGCCAGCCAUGAACACGAUAUCCGUGACUCUUUUAUUGGCCGAGCGGUAUGGAAGAAUUGGUCCAUGGAUGUCUACAAGCGACGACCAGGAGAAUGGAAAUUAAAGGCAAAGGAGGCCAAUAACCAAACAAAGGCUUCUAAUGGUGAUGAAAAGGCGCCAGUGAAGUCAAAAAUACAACUUGCCCGGGAAAGAUUUGACCUUUCAAAGAAAUCGGCUAGUGUAGCCAGCAAGUCUUGA